AUGGCAGUUGGGGAAGUUGUUCAGGGCAGUUGCCCUGGCCUGGUGUUCAUCUUUGGCUACUGGGACAGUGGACCCAGGCUAAAGCUACAGAUGGGGGCUGCUGGUGAAGCCAUGUCAGGCAUUCUUCUUGCAGAGCUGGCUGACAGCCCCUUGUCAGGGAUGUCGCCCUCUACACAACCCAGCGCUGUCAACCUGGAGGACCUGGAACUGCUCCUGGUAGAAGACUCGGCCAUCCCUGACCCCCUGAGUCUGGAAGAGAACUCAGAGAGGAAUGAGUCCAGCCCCUUGGUGUCCAGCCCCCCUGCCCUCGAGCAGGAUAACUCCAAGCUCUUAGAGGAGAGGUUGGCCAAGUUGCAGGCUGAGGUGUUGUCCCUACGGGGACACAAGGUACACUGUGAGCAGGCUUCUCUCAGCCUGUUGAGGGAGCUGCUACACGUUCGUGGGCGCAUGCAGCUGCACUCCUCAGAACUCUGGCAGCUAUGGCAAGAGAUGCAACGUGUGGCCCAGGUCCCCGAGAGGGAGGUGCAGGUGUUACCCGGGGCCCAGAACCAGAACCUGAUGCAGAUCCUGGACAAACGGCUGGUGGAGGUUCGAGAAGCCUUGGCUCAGGUCAGGAGGAGACAGGCACUGCAGGAUGCAGAGCGGAAGGGCUCUGAGCAGGAGGCCAACCUCAGGCUGGCCAAGCUGACCGGGUGGUUGAGGCAGGAAGAGCAGGCCCGAGAGACAGCCUGCAGCACCCUGCAGAAGAGCCAGGAGGACACCAGCCAGCAGGUGGACCAUGAGAUGGCCAAGAUGCAGGCCCAGCUGACGAAGAUUGGGGAGGAGAUGAGCCUUCGCUUCCUGAAGAGGGAAGCCAAGUUGUGCAGCUUCCUACAGAAGAGCUUCCUGACCCUGGAGCAGAGAACGAAGGCCCUGGAAGGCACACAGCUGGAGGCAGAGAGCCACCUGCGGGAGGAGCUGGAGGACCAUUGGCAGAGGCUGCAGGAGCUGACUGAGGAGCGUGUGCAGGCCCUUUGGGCACAGCGUGAGGAGGAACAUGGCUGCCUGCGGGAACAGUGCCGGGGUCUGGAUGCAGCUAUGAUUAGGCUCACCAAGUUUGUGCGGCAGAACCAGAUGUCACUGAGCCAUAUCCUGCUGAUGGAGCAGGAGGCCUGGGUCUCCAAGGUGGGCUUGGAAGAGAGUCAGGCUGGGGAGUUGGCCUCCUACGUGCAGGAGAACCUGGAGGCCGUGUAGCUGGCAAGCAAGCUGGCCCGGAAGGAGACACAGGGUACAAUGGAGCUGCUCCAAGAAAAGACCCAGGUCCUGGAAAGAACAGUGGCCACGCUGGCCCAGCAGUUGAAGGAUCUGGGUGACCAGUGCCUGGCCCUGAGCUGGAGGCUAGACCUGCAGGAGCGGACACUGGGCUUGAGGCUCUCUGGGGCCAAGACUGAGUGGGAAGGUGUAGAGAGGAAGUCCUUCGAGGACCUGGCCCGAUGUCGGCAGGAAGGUGCAGCCCGCUUGCAGGAGGUGCGAGACGAGGUAGACGGCCUCCCCCAGCAGGUGGAAGGUAUCUCAGAUCAGUGUGUCCUUCACAAGAGUGAUGCAGACCCGAAGAUCUUGGCGGAAGGCAAGGCCAGAGAAUUUGAAGUCAGAGCUGUGCGGCAGGAGCUGGCCACUCUGCUGUCAUCUGUGCAGCUGCUCAAGGAGGUCAGCCCUGGGCGGAAGAUGGCAGAGAUCCCGGGCAAGCCGGCCACGUUUCAGAAGCAAAUGAUAAAGUUAGAAAACAACAUCCAGGCCAACAAGACCAUCCAGAACCUAAAGUUUAAUACAGAGACCAAGCUGCGAUCGGAGGAGAUAGCGGCCCUGCGGGAGAGUAUGCUGCACCUGUGGGGUGAGGAGGGCCCAUGGCCGCUAACACUGGGCAGCAGGCGGGUGUUCAUCAAGGAUGUGGCCCCUGGCAAGCAAGUUCCUGUGAACUCUUGGGGCAUCUAUCAGGCUGUGAGGUGGCUUCGGUGGAAGGCCAUCCUCUUGAAUCGAGUGGCUCAGCAGAGGCCAGAAGCAGUGUCAGAGACCUCCCAUGGGGGUCCGGGGCCCCAGCUCACACCUGUGUGCCUUCCCCAGAAAUAAACGUGAAAGCUCUUGUGUCUGUGGAAGCCAUAGUGCCCUGGUGCCUGCUGGUGAUAUCCUCUCCAGGGACCUGUGGGGCUGACCAGGAAGGCGCCGUGGGAAGGGAUAAGGCCAAAAGGCCUAGUCCCUCGUAUUCCAGGCUCCUUCCUGUCCUGCAUAGCCCAGGCCUGGCCCCGUCAUUUUCCACGGUCUGGCUGCCCCAUUUCCCCAGGACGAAGGGUCUCCAUCUGACUUAUCACAGAAGAGCCGGGCCCGCCCCUGGAUUCACCUCAGCCACUGGCAGGGAUAUGAGGAGGAAGGACACCUGGAAGCUGCAUGCCCGAGGCGGGGCCCCUUAGCUUGGUCCCCAGCCCAACAGCCAUCUCCCGAUGCAGUGCCAGCAGAAGCAGCUUCUUGGCACUCGCCUGGGGGAUGAACAGCCAUGUUUGCUUGCAUAAUUAGGCAGUGCCUCCUCUUCCUGCCUUUCCAAGAAAACCUAGUUUAUCCUGUAGUCUGUGGCCCUGCCACCUGCCAAGGGACCAUGGGCUCGGACCCUGUGGUGUGUGGGGCAGUGGCGAGGAUUGGCCUGAUAUGGGCCUCUUCCUGGCAGUCCCUUGCCAGUGAUGUGAAUCUUGGGGUGGAGCUGGCCUGGCAGGGUAUAAACCUCUUUGAAAGUGGGUACAACCAUGUAGGCCCACGGCCUCAGGGAGCUUCAGUUUCUGCCUGUGUCCCCUGCUCCUGUGGGCGCAACUCAGCACCUUGUACAAUGGGAGGAUCUGGGAUCAAGGGCUGAGGCCCGGGUCUGGAUGACCCCCCUGUUCCUGCCUUCUUGGCUGGGCCCUGGUGGUGGCAGCCCCUGACCUCAGCAAAAGCCCAGACCCUGCCCCUGGACCUAGAGAGGCCUCACCUGAGCCGUGGAGCCACCUGUGAGGCUGCCUGGAGGGAGAGGGUCUUAGGAAACAGGAGGGAGAGUCUUGGCAACCCUUGAAGAUCCUCGUGCUCUCCUGACCCUUGCCCAUUUUCUAGGCCUCAGCUAGCUGUGCCCCCUCCAGAAGCUGGGUCCC